GCACGCGCAACUUUCCGCUGAAAUUCGCGAUCGUUUUUCUCAUUCUACUAUAGUUCGCCACCGUCGCCGCGAGACCUAAGUAGUACUUAGGUAUAAAAAAGUCUCGUCUCGGUGUCGUUUCGUCAUCGUCUGCGCGAGUUCGUCUCGCCCCGCGUCCUUUGGCGAAUGUUAUUUGCGUCGUCGUCGUCUUCGCCGUCCGAGGAUCCGGUGCACUUACCCAGGAUUUCGAGGUUAGGUCGUCCUGGGGUAUCGUCCUGCGGCUGCUUUGGCUGUUUUUUAAAGUUUCUUUCGGCAAGAUGCACACAAUGAAAAGAGCCAAUGGAAAGAUGGCAACAGCCGAAUCACUAGCAGAGGUUACCGAUGUUGUACAAAUAUUACGACAGUGGGAAGAGGAUCAAAACUCCCCCACAUAUGAUCCAAUACCAACACUACAGCGCUUGGCAGAGAUAAUAGAGCAGGAAACUGAAAACUACUUUAAAAUGGAUCCUGAUCCAUUCGAUGAGAGGCAUCCAUCUCGCACAGACCCAGAAUGCAACUUUGGUCACAUUUUGAAAGUUUUGUUCAGAAAAGAGAUUUUUAUGACAAAGUUGAUUAACGAUUAUUUAAGGGAUAAUUAUUGGUUAAGAGUUGGCAUAACGAACAGAGAUGUUAGAGGAUUGAACACUGCAGCUUGCCGACUGAUGCUAGACAUUCUGCCAGGCCUUGAAACUUCAGCGGUCUUCCAACCGGACAUGGAAGGUCUGAUCCACAGGCUGUUCCAGUGGGCAGAGACAAGCACAGAGCCUCUCCAGAGCUAUGCAACUGGCUUGCUGGCAGCAGCCAUGGAAGUCCAGGACAUAGCCACGGGUUUUCGCGAGCAGAACGGUAAAAUGGUUCCGCUCAUGCUCAAAAGACUCCAUGAACUGCAGAAGGAGGCGGCGGAGGAGCGCCGGCAGAGUAAUGCCACUCGGCCAUUUGCCCACCUGGGUCAGAAUCGUGCGAACAACAGUGUCGCGGACUCGGAGCACAAGGCCUUUCCGGGGAAAAGAAAAGUCAGGGAAAAAUCACGGGAGAACGGGGUCGUCAAGUCUCCGCCCGAGCUGGCGGAUUAUUCAUCGUCCGAUGACGAGGGAAAGGAUGAAGGUUCCUCGCCACCUAAUAAAAAAUUAAAGAACAAAGUUGAAGAUGUGCAGGGCACGCCUGUUAAGAAGGACACGCAGGAUCGUGAAGGAUGUGAAAUGAUGUCGCCGCCCAUAGCUAUACCUCCUCUUAAUAGUGGGAAAAACAACGCUAGCAAUGCACAGACGACCACAACUCCUGUAAAAAACGAAAACGGAACUUCAAAGAAUAUGUCGACGACCCCUUUGAAAAAUCAAGGCUCAACUGUCAAAACUCCGUCGAGUCCAGUUUGGUCCAAAAUGACGAGCAAUAAGACGCCGUCGACGUUACUAGAGGGAAAUUCGAAUUCGUCCUGGGCCGAGAUGGAGUCUCACGUUAUCGGCAAUAUCCAGAUAUAUCCACCGACUUUGGCCACCAGGCAAAUGCUUAUUCUCAGGUACUUGACUCCAAUGGGAGAGUACCAAGAGUUCCUGGGUCACGUAUUCGAGCAAAACGCCCUGGAACUGAUUCUCCAGUACAUAAAUGUGCGAGAGACAAAGGAUAGCCGGCUGGCAUUCGAGGCUCUCAAGUACCUGGCAUCGUUACUCUGUCACAAGAAAUUCUCGAUCGAAUUCCUGAGCAUCGGUGGACUUCAGCGGCUCUUAGAUGUUCCUAGACCCAGCGUCGCUGCAACCGGUGUCUCUAUAUGCCUGUACUACCUAGCUUACUGCGAGGACGCCAUGGAGAAGGUUUGCCUGCUGCCGAAACAUAUUAUCACGGAUCUUGUAACGUACGCUUUAUGGCUGCUCGAGCGGAGCCACGAUUCCGGCAGGUGUCACGCCACGAUGUUCUUUGGGUUCUCGUUUCCGUUCAAGGUCAUACUAGACGAAUUCGAUGCGCAAGACGGUCUGCGUAAACUGUUCAACGUGAUAUCCACACUGCCCUUACUAAAUAUCGAAGAAGAAGCGACUUUGAACGAUGACGAAGAGUGUGCCUCGAGACAAAUCGUACGACAUGUGGCUGUUGCGCUCAAAAAGUACAUGGAAGCUCACCUGUAUUGGAAAGCGGAACAGCUGCAGCGAGCGGAAAAUGCAAGGACGGAGCGUGACACUUGGCAGCCUUCUCUACCAUCAUACAAAGCAUGUAAGUUGAGCCCCGAGGAAGUUCAAGCUAAGGUUGAAGUUCUGCAAGAACUGAUGUCGCUAAGAGCACUUUGGCCACCGGUUGAACAACUCCAUCGUCUCGGGGGUGUUGCCCUUCUUCUACAAAUCAUCGCCUUCGCUCGAGAAUGGAAUUUUAACAGCCGUGUUCACAACACUUCAAGUGCCGAGACGGUACGUGCAUGCUUAGAUGUCAUAGCGAUCUGUUCGGUGGUACCGAAAGUUAUGCUACUUCUCUGUGAGCGUGUGGACAUGCCCGAUCUUUCGAUGACGAUGUCCAUCAACCUCCUUCUCGCCGCUGCAGAGUGUGAAAUCAUUGUCGACCCCGACGUACAACGAGCGGCUUUGCGAGCUGUUAUCAACUGUGUUUGCGCGCCGAUUAAUCGCGUAGGUGGAAACGUAGCCAGAUACUCCGUAACAGGCUCUGCCAAAAAGAAAAAUAUCCACAAUAGUGAGGAGCUCAUACAGAAAGUCUGGGAGAGUGUCAGAUCGAACAACGGUAUAAUGAUAUUACUACAACUUAUGAUGGUAAAGACGCCUAUCACGGACGCAGACAGUAUUCGCGCGCUGGCCUGUCGAGCCUUGGCUGGUCUCGCUAGAAGCGAGAAGGUCAGGCAAAUUAUCAGCAAACUGCCAAUGUUCACCGAUGGUCAGAUCCAAGCUUUGAUGAAGGACCCGAUACUCCAGGAAAAGAGGCAAGAGCAUGUUAUGUUUCAGAAGUACGCUUUGGAAUUGAUGGAGCGCGUAUCCGGAAAGGCCAAGCCUACGGGAGCCGAGUAUGAGAUUUCGCUUGUUAGCUUACAUAGGGCAAACGUUGUCGCGCAAACAAGAAUACAGUAUAACGAACAACAGUUGCACCAGCUCAUAUAUCAGCACCUCCUAUCAAAAGGAUUGACUGAGACGGCCACGACUCUGCAGAAAGAGGCCAACUUGGAGUCGCCAACGGUAACCAAAUCAUUAACAUAUCAGCCUUUCCAUUACCGGAGCCCAGUGACCACCACGCCAAGACCAGCGUUUUCUCCGGGAGCUGCAGCAAAUCUAUAUAACACAAGAUGCCCACCUACGCCGCGAGAUGUGGUCGCAAGAGCCAAUACAACUCCAACCACGAACUCAUCACGAUUCAUUUCUCACACUGGUGCAAUCACGAAUUCGACUCCCACAUCGAACAACAAUCCUGUUCGAGUUAAACUUGCUGAUACGAUGAAUCAGAGUCCGGUGGCGCCUAACCAACCUAUUAAAAUAAAUCAAAUAAAUUUCAAAAAAACGGACAGGCAGUUGUCAACGAUACAACAAAACUUGAGCGUAAGCAGUCAGAAUCAGCAGGCGUGUCGAUCGUUACAGAAACAAAUCUCGAGAGAUCCCGGUGGAACGACGCUGGGCGUUGCAUCCACCUCCGUUCAGACAGUCACGUUAGACUCUAUUAUCACGGAAUAUUUAACGAAUCAGCACGCACUUUGUAAAAAUCCUAUGGUUACAUGCCCACAGUUUAAUUUAUUCGAACCUCAUAAAUGCCCGGAUCCUUGUAAGAAAAACUCCACACAUGCUAACUUUGCUGUAAGAUUUACAAGGAGAGAGCGAGGAGUUAACGGAAUGCGAUUCGACAGAAGACAAAUCUACAGUCGGUUCUGUCCAGUGAAGACGUUCCGACCGCUUGAUAUCGAUGGUACAUUCACAUGCUGCACGUUUUCGCCUUGUCAGCAAUAUCUGCUCGUCGGUACGUAUGCAGGUGAGGUAAAGAUGUUCAGUGUUCGGACUGGUUCCGAGGAAGCGACCUACGCCUGUCACGAAUCUUACGUUUCGCACGUCCAAUGCAAUCAACGAGGUGACCUCCUGCUAACGUCGACCGCAUGGAGGUCGCCUAUGUCGGCGUUGUGGAGCAUGGGUAUGUUCUUCGAUAUGAAGAUUCCUUUCGAACACGAGGACUACGUCGAAUUCAGCAAACUGCAGGACAGGAUUGUUGGCACUCAAGCCGAAGUUGCAACGAUAUACGACAUCGCCACGGGUAAGUUAAUCAAGACCCUCACACCCUCGAUAUCAAACCAAUACACGAAGAACCGCGCAACCUUUAGCAUGAACGAUGAGCUGAUUCUGAGCGAUGGUAUUCUGUGGGAUGUGAACUCUGGCAAAGAAAUUCACAAGUUUGACAAGCUGAAUCAAACGCUAAACGGCGUGUUUCAUCCGAACGGCACCGAAGUCGUGUCAAACACGGAAGUCUGGGAUCUGAGGACGUUCCAUUUGCUGAAAACGGUGCCAGCGCUGGAUCAGAUGAACGUCACCUUCUCACCGACCAAUAGUAUCAUCUAUGCGUUCUCGAGCGAACAGGAGAACGAAGACGACUCGCAUAAUAUAACGUCAUUCAAGACGCUCGAUGCGCUUGAUUACAGUAGUAUCGCCACGUUCGACGUCAAGAGAGGAAUUUACGACUUGGCCUGCAACAAGUUUGAUACUCAGAUUGCUGUAGUCGAGAACAUGGGUGAGUUCGAUAGCAUCCAAGAGUCUUGCGUUCGUCUAUACGACGUUGGUAGGCGUAGGGAUGACGAAGACGAGGCCGAAGAGGACGACGACGAUGAAGAUCUCGAUGCGAGCGACGAUGAUGGCUCGAAUUCUGGCUCCGACGACAACAAUGCCGAUGAUGCCGACAACGGUGAUGCACAAGAGGACGAUAACGGCGAUGGCGAUGAUCACGGAGACGGCGACAACGACGACGACAACAGCGACGGCGAAGACACGGGCGACGAGAGCCUCGACUUUCACGCCGGCAUUUUUUCCUCGGACGAGUACGGGGUGUCCGAUGUCGAUGACGUCGAGUUACUCUUCAACUGAACGAGCGAAUCUUAGUGUCAAAGAAGUACUACUUUACUCUUGUGAAUCUGAUCGUUGUCGUCGUUAUUUCGAUCGGAAAAUUCAAGAUAGCAACUAAAGAAGAAGUUUAAUAAGUUAUACUGAAUGAAACGGAUAAUCGCUGAAACGAAAUACUGCUAUAUUUCACUCGGGAUAUUACGCAUAAGAAUUAACUGAGAUUUUGUGUUUAUUUUUAUUUUAAUAAUAAUAAUAUUCAAAAUGCACGAACGCAAAGAAAGUAUAUCGAGCGUAGCAAAUCAAAGUGAGUAGCGAUCGUUGAAUGUAUGAUUUCUGUUUAACUGAGACUAUCAAUCGCUGCGUCGCGGUGAGGAUCAAGCGAGUUCUGUGAACGUUCCUCGCCGCGACCGACAUAAGAUAACGAAGGGCGAGUCUGCACUCGAUCCUCGUGUGAAGCGCGCGGACGCAUUUUCUCGGUCCGCGCGAGCGCGAAUGUACAUGAUUUUCACAAAGGAUGAUAUUUUCUAUUUUCCGUACGUUUAAUAAUGGAACGCGUGUGGUGAGUAAUUAGGCCGUUGUUUGUUCAUAACGCAGGCAAACAUUUAUUAUUAUCGCGUGUGCGAGAGAAAGGGCGGGGGGAGCAAAGCAAAAUUUCUUUUUUGCAAUUAAUCGAGGAGACUGUGCGCGUGAUUAUAUUAAUAUAGUUAUAGUUAUUAUUAUUGUCAUUAUCGAGUAAA